UUCUUAUCUCAUAGGUUGUGAGAAUCUCACGUUGACCAUAGAUCAAACCAUAUCCGAAAAACUCUUGUAUAAUUUUGAAUCUAAGAUUUGUGAUAAGAGUUAAGAAUGGUAGAGAGAACAAUGAGUCUAGGCGUGGGAGGCAACGGAGAAACCAUGCGGGCACAGCAAGAGCUUCUCCAAAAGAUCACUCAUGAGCUUGACGCUGAACGUGAAGCCUCUUCAACGGCUGCUUCAGAGGCCUUAUCAAUGAUCCUACGCCUUCAGGGAGAGAAAGCAACGUUGGAGAUGGAGACUAGUCAUUACAAGAGAAUGGCCGAAGAGAAGAUGUGCCAUGCUGAGACUUCUCUAACGCUCUUCGAAGAUCUGAUUUACCGCAAGGAAAUGGAGAUAGCGUCUCUCGAGUUUCAGGUUCAGGCUUACAGGUGUAAACUACUCAGCCUAGGCUGCUCUGAUGUACAUGCAGAGGAGAAGAAAGGUGUUGAGAGUAGUUCUUUAUCUCCUCGUCAAGACUUGAGCGCGUGUUGGGAAGAGAUAAGGAGAAUAGACGAUCAUGUUCGUGAGGUUUCAGAGUCGAGAGAUGCUGCUCACAAGGGAUCUAAAUGGUCUUUGCUUAGGCGUGAGUCUAUUUCACAUGCAUUGGUGUCACAGGUGAGUAAUACUAUUCUUGAGUCAGCUAAGAGUGAUGUCAGUUCGAUGAUGGAGAUGAUCAAGAACCCUGAUAGAGAGGUUCCAAGGACUAAGGAGAGCCUUGCAAUCAUCUCUGAAGAAAGAAAUAACAAAUGGGUCAAGUGUGCUAAUUAUAAUAAGUGGAAAGAUUCACAGGUCAGAGGCAAGAUAGUAAGAAAAGUGAGUAAUUCGCCAAAAGAUACGAGCAUUGAGGCAGAAAAUAUGAUUUUGUUAAAGGAGAUUAGAGAGCAGCUUAGUGAAAUGCAGUCAGAGAUGAGAACGUUAAGAUCAGAACUGCAUGAAACUCGACAUGUGUCUCAUCGUGAGGAGGAUCGAGCCAUUAACUCAAUUCAAGAGGUAAUCACUGUUUCCUUCUACAUUGUAAGAGAUGCCUGA